AUGAAUUUGGUAGAAUGGAUUGUUACCAUCAUAAUGAUGACAGAAUUUCUCUUAGGAAACUGUGCCAAUGUCUUCAUAACCAUAGUGAACUUCAUCGACUGUGUGAAGAGAAGAAAGAUCUCCUCAGCUGAUCGAAUUAUAACUGCUAUUGCCAUCUUCAGAAUUGGUUUGUUGUGGGCAAUGUUAACGAACUGGCAUUCACAUGUGUUUACUCCAGACACAGACAAUUUACAAAUGAGAGUUUUCGGUGGAAUUACCUGGGCUAUAACCAACCAUUUUACCACUUGGCUGGGGACCAUACUGAGCAUGUUUUAUUUAUUCAAGAUAGCCAAUUUUUCCAACAGUCUAUUUCUUCAUCUAAAAAGAAAACUUGACAAUGUUCUACUUGUGAUUUUCCUGGGAUCGUCUCUGUUUUUGGUUGCAUAUCUUGGGAUGGUGAACAUCAAGAAGAUUGCUUGGAUGAGUAUUCAUGAAGGAAAUGUGACCACAAAGAGCAAACUGAAGCAUGUAACAAGCAUCACAAAUAUGCUUCUCUUCAGCCUGAUAAACAUUGUACCAUUUGGUAUAUCACUGAACUGUGUUCUGCUCUUAAUCUAUUCCCUGAGUAAACAUCUCAAGAAUAUGAAAUUCUAUGGCAAAGGAUGUCAAGAUCAGAGCACCAUGGUCCACAUAAAGGCCUUGCAAACUGUGGUCUCUUUUCUCUUGUUAUAUGCCACAUACUCUUCCUGUGUCAUUAUAUCAGGUUGGAGUUUGCAAAAUGCACCAGUCUUCCUGUUUUGUGUGACAAUUGGAUCCUUCUACCCAGCAGGUCAUUCUUGUAUCUUGAUUUGGGGAAACCAGAAACUUAAACAGGUCUUUCUGUUGUUGCUGAGGCAGAUGAGAUGCUGA